CGUAAACUCUUAUAAACAUCUAUUGUUAAUAAUAUAUUUAAAUUCAAGUAUUUUGUUUGUAUGGAAAACUAUUCAAAAGAAUGAUAUUGAAAAUUAUUGUAAUUUUCCUCAUCCUUUGGACUUUUCCCGACACUAAAGCGAAUGAAAGUUGCAAAACAGCUGACAUAGGUCUAAUAAUUGAUAGUUCUGGUUCAAUUGUUGGUGAUUACUUAAAUAAUCCAGUUCAUUGGAGUCAAAUUAAAAGCUUUAUUAAAAAAUUAAUGAGAUCUUUUAAUAUUGGAGAAGGGAACUUUAAAUUUGCUGCCAAUCAAUUUGGUACAAGAGUAAGAAACUUGAUAACUUUUAAGGACACACCAACUUUAGCAAACUAUGAGGAUAUCCUUAAAUAUAGGCUGAAAUGGCCAACUGGUACAACAAAUAUGCUUGAUGCUAUUCGAAGUAUGAAAAAGCUAUUCGAGGGGCAGGGGACGAGAACAAAAGCACCUGAUAUUUAUAUACUUAUUACGGACGGAAAACCUUAUCCAACUAAUCAGAAUCCUAUAAUAUUGAAUAUAGUAAAAGAUUUGAAAAGUAAAGGAGCGUCUUUUAUUACAAUAGGCGUUACUAAAAAUAUAGAUCGUUCUCUCCUAACUAAUAUUGCGAGUAAUAAAGAUUUAUUUAUUAAUAUAUCAAAAUUUUCCGAAUUGCAAAGAAUCUCUAAAAGUAUGCUUGGUCUGGUUUGUAAAACGGUUAAAAGAGUUUCUUGUGAAUCAGGAGAUAGAGGAGAUAUAGGCCUUAUGCUAGAUAGCUCAGGCUCAAUCGUUCAAGACUAUUUUAAUGUUAGCAAGCACUGGUUCGAAGUUCAAACAUUUGUAAGGCAAUUAUUGGGAUCUUUUAAAAUUGGACAAAAACAUUUCAAGUUCGCCAUUAAUCAAUUUAAUGAUAAUGCAAAAAAUCUAAUAACUUUAAAAGACCAACCGUCUUACGCUAACUAUGAUAGAAUCCUUAAGUCCAGAUUAGAAUGGCCAAAUGGUAUGACUAAUAUGCUUGACGCAGUGGUAAAGUUGAAGGAGGUAUUUUCUGAUUCUAGUAAUAGGCCUAACGCACCGGAUGUUUUCGUUCUAAUAACCGAUGGUAAACCUUAUCCCAAAUGGCAAAAUGCAAAGAUAAUGAAAAUUGUUAAAGAAUUAAAAGAAAAAGGCGUUACAUUCAUAACAGUUGGCGUAACAAAAAAUAUAAACGAGACGCUUUUAAGAAAAAUAGCUAGUAGAGAUGACUUGUACGUAAAAAUAAACCAAUUUUCCGAUUUUAAAAGAAUAAGUGGAGGAUUAUUUGGCUCAAUUUGUAAUUCCGUUAAGAAGUUUAGAACAGCUGCGCCAGUUUGUCAUAAAAUGGCGGAUAUUGGUUUAAUGAUUGAUAGUUCAGGAUCAAUAAAGGAAGAUACAAAACAAAACUUAAAUAAUUGGAAUAGUAUUAAAGAUUUUGUUAAAAAGUUAAUAAGUAACUUUAAAAUCUCAAAUUAUGAUUUUAAAUUUGCCGCUGAAAAGUUUGGUAAUGAAAUUAAAACGAUCUUUUCAUUGAAUGAUACACCAAAUGUGAAUAAUUAUAUUCAUAAAAUAAAUACAAGAAUUGGUCAACCAAAUGGCAAAACAAAUUUGUUAGGCGCAAUAAAAACAAUGGAAGAAAUGUUUGAAAAUAAUAAAGGGAAUAGAAAGAAUGCAUUAGAUAUUUUUAUAUUAAUAACCGAUGGUUAUCCAAAUCCAGCGUGGCAAGCUAAAUACGUAUUAGAUGCUGUAAAUAAUCUUAAAAAUCGAAAGAAUGUAACAUUAAUCUCUAUUGGAAUGACGAAACGGAUAAAUGAGACAUUUAUGAGACAAAUAUCAGGAGAUAAUUUUAUACAUAUCCCAAAAUUCUCCCAGUUAGUACCAAACUUAAAUAAAGUUUAUAGAAAAAUAUGCGAUGCAAGACCUUUAGCAGCUGUUCAGUUGGAACAAAACAUCAAAGCCUGUUCGAAAGGAAAUAAAUUGGACGUUGGUAUAAUGAUGGACACAUCAGCAUCCUUAAUAGGUGACACAUAUAUGUCAAAUUGGUAUAAAAUUCAACAAUUUACAAAAGAAGUUCUAGUCACAUUAAGUCUAAGAUCUAGUGAAACAAAAUUCGCUAUUAAUCGAUUUUCAACUGUGGUAGAACGUUUAAUUGGAUUAGAGGAUAAUGGAAACUUCGCAUCAUAUUUAAAGAUUCUUAAUAGAAGAACUAAGCUCGGUAGAAGGGGAACAAAUUUAUUAGCAGCUAUAGAAGAUAUGGAAAAUACGUUUAAAGGAAGAGGAAAUAGGCGAAAUGCACCAGACGUUUUCCUUCUAAUAACAGACGGAUGUUUUAAUUCCGAGUCAGAAAUGUAUAAAGUAAAAAAGAAAAUAUCUAAAUUAAUCUCUUCUGGUAUACAAUUCUACGUUAUUGGAAUUUCAAACGAACCAUAUGAAGGCUUCUUAAAAAGUUCAGUAGGUUCAGAAAACUUUAUACAUGUUUGGUCUUUGUCAAAACUAGACCAGAAGAUUGAAAUGGUCGUCAACAAAGUUUGUCAACAUUACAGAAGACCAAUUAUUAGACAGAUAAUGUAUUAAAAUAACAACUACAUAUUUUUCGCAAUAAAUACCUUAUUGAAUGAGAAAGAGAAUACAAACUUUUAAACCAU